AUGUCCCGGCUCGCCGGCGUUGUGCUCAUGUCCGCCCUCCUCGGCGCGGCCUCCUUCGCCAUCGGCAUCCUCCCCCUGUCCUUUGCAUUCUCCAAGUCCGCCCUCGCGCGUCUGUCCGCCCUCGGCACGGGUCUGCUGCUCGGCGCCGCGCUUGGCGUCGUCAUCCCCGAAAUAGGCUUUUCGCUUGCUGCUGCAGUGACCGCGAUGGUAUGCACACUAGACUGGUAUCCGGCGCGAUGGAUCCUGUCUUCAUGGGGAACAGUUCCCGUCAAUGACCAAUCGGGCAUCGAGACGCUCGCCGCGGGCUCCGCAGAGCCGCCCACGUCCGCCAUCGCGCUCGCCCUCCUCGGCGGGUUCACCUUCAUGCUCCUCCUCGAGCAGCUCGUCUCCCCACACGCGCAUGACCGCGCCCCGCCGCGUCUGCCGCCGUCGCCCACGAACCCCCCCGCGCACGUGGAGUUCGACGUCGAGCUCGGCGAGCUCGAGCGCGCGGAGGGCAUCCCGGACGCGGGGCCCGCAGCAGUGACCGCGGCGUCGAACGCAAAUGCAGACGGGCGGCCGGACCGUCCGCAGGCCCGCGCGUACCCGCUCACGCUCGGCCUCGUCAUGCACGCGCUCGCGGACGGGCUUGCGCUCGGGUCGUCGGCGCUCUCGGGGGCGGGGGCGGACGCGGCGGCCGUGCUGCCGUCGAGCCUCUCGCUGGUCGUCUUCAUGGCGCUCGCCAUCCACAAAGCGCCGACGGCGCUCGCGCUGACGACGGCGCUCAUGGGCUCGGGCCUCGCGCGCGCCGAGUGCAAGAAGCACCUCGCGCUGUUCAGCGCGUCCACGCCGCUGGGCGCCGUCGCGUCGUACGUGCUGCUCGUGGCCUUCGGCGCGGAUGCCAGCGGCGGGGGCCGGUGGCCGGGCGGCGCGCUGCUGUUCUCGGGCGGGACGUUCCUGUACGUCGCGACGGUGCUGCGGCCCGUGGCGGCGCGCGGUGCGGAGGAGGAGAUCGGGCGGCGCGCGCGCGUGGUGUGCACGGUGCUGGGGAUGUUUGUGCCGUUCGCGGUGAGCGUUGCCGUGGGGCACGACCAUGAGCGGGGGGCCCUAGGGGUGUUGAUCGAGCCCACGAUGGCUGCUGUGCCUGGGAUACCAGGAGAGCAAAGUUUGCUUGGACGCCAGUUCAAGUUGGUCGUGCGAUCGGCGCGUGACGCGUGCGAGCCUCCCUUGCACGCGAUCGCGUGGCGGGCUUUCGAUUUGUUGAAUUCAUUUGCUGUGUCUCGGAAUGACUGGAUACGGCGCAUGCUGACCCAGGAAAGCACAGCACAGUAUAUUGUAUUCGGGCCCCGCAGACAGUCCCUGGCCAAUGCCUUGAAGGACCUUGGCGGCACCCCAUACGAUUGCACCUGCGCCGACCAAUACAGCGCCGACGAGCGCGAAGGGCGUCGCGAGGAUCGCCCCGAUCCCGAUGAGGAAAGCAUUGGCUUGCUCAGACCUCUCCCCCUCGGCGGCAUUCGCCCACUGGUCCGCGUUCGCGUGCAUUCUGGCGCGCACCGCAGGGUCCGGAUGUAUAUCUCCCGCUGUGCGCCACAUAUUGGGGAUUCUGGAGCCAUUUUGGGGCGGAGCGAGGGCGGAAAGGAGGGCGGAGAGCUCCAUGAACUGAUGAUUUCCCUUAUAAUACUUACCGCUCCAGAUACGGAUGUCGAGACGCCCGGGUUCCAAGAGACGCUCCCUGUUCGCAAAGCUCUGCACGGAAGCGACCCCGAUCCGCCCUGGGUGCCGACUCAAGCACUCUAUCGUUUUCUGGUGGAUAAUCGUGUAUGCGCCCACUUGGUGGACGAGCAUUGUUCCAACACCGCGACCUCCGUCCCCGUCGGCGAUAAGCCCGACUCUUUCCACGACGCAGUAAACUGGCGUUGUAGUCUGCGCAAGGAGCACACCUUUGCAAUGCUUCCGUUCGCAAGCGCAAACAACCUACGUCUUGUCCUAGUGAACAAGCGUGACUAUCGCGGAUCGACUCCCUACUCGCAGGAAGAACUCAAAGAUUUCGCUUCGCCUGACAGAAAUGUUGAAGCGAGAGCAAUCGCAGCGAGAGGAUCGGAGAUCGGUACCUCCAUUCGCUGGUUCAUCCAAGCCGAACAUAUCCCGCCGAUCUCCGCGCGUCCGAGGUCCGAUGAUUCGUGCGGUGGAGGUGUCUCCCUUCUGGGGUGGUUCGCAGGAAAUCUGCAGACUAUAUCCUUCCUUGCACACGCACAGGAUCUCCCCGAGGAGACGAUGAGCUUCCUUGAAAGCUACUUCCGUAGUCUCAUCAUGUUCGUCCCCUGGGCUCAUACAUUAAUAAUCACUCGCAAACCGGUGCACGGGACUGCACCCGCGGGCUCCGAGUUUGCCGCUCCGCACUGGACACCUACGGUUCAUCGCAUGCCCCUCCCAGAGGUGGCCGAGGCCAACACCAUGGCGAGUUCGCAGAUGCUCAUCCAGCGCGUCGACCGUUCCGUGUACCCGGAGAACUUCCGCCGAGCGCUAUUCAACUGCUAUGUCUCGAGCGGCGGUUACAAGCAGAUGGUAUGGCCCAGAGUCGACGUGCACGUCGUGUGGUGCGACAUGACGUUUGGAGACGUGGUGUACUCGGCGCACAAGAUGAAGCACAUGGUGAAGGCAUGCCAGAAACAGGGCAGGGGUCGCACCGUGCAGAUACACAAGCUCGAACGCGCAAAUCAUAUGGCGAGCUUACGACCCGGAUGA